CUGCUCAAAUACACCUGAGGGUGAAGUCUGUGUGAUAUACGUUGAGCGUGUGCAGACAAACUAUCAGGUUGUUCUGGAAGCCUGAAGGUGUGGCUGUGAGGACGUGCUGCCCCCACCUGAAUGGUAUAUUGCCGAGAAAUAUCAAAGAGGCUCAACUAUAACAACAUUUUGGGAGGAAAGCACCAUGUCAGCCUUUAAGCCUAGAUCUUUGCAGACUCUGGUUCUGACCCCGGAGCAGAUCCCGAGUUUCUUUCUCCUACCCUGCAGUCCGCAACCUUAUCCGGUGUCCCCGGAGAGGACCAGACUGUCUCAUGAUGGUGAGAGCCCCCGCAAGAACCCACCUAGCCCUGCGUCCUCUCCCAGAUUCCACACACCCCUACCAGUCAUUCCCCCUCACACUGCCGCUGCUGCUGCAGAAUCUGCGGACGUAGACAUGGACCUGACCACGCGUGCAGCCAUGUCGCUGUGUCACGUGCCGAAGGUGACCACGCCCUACGGUUUCCGCAAUGUGUUGGCUGUGAGCCCCUGCACACGGCGGCGGGAGUCCCUGUUUCAUCGGAACAAAGGAGACCCCCUCACUGUAUCUGACCCAGCAGACCUUGGUCCUGGUCCCAGUCCUAGGAGGCGUUCUAGGACAGCAUCACUGCAUCCCAUGAGGACUCUGGGUCUGCAGGUCAUUAAGGUGCUCCAGAGACCUGCAGCUGCUCUAAAAGCUCUGAGUCCUGCAAUCCAAAGGACUAUCCCCAAGUGAUGUCACAUGCAACCACACCCAUCUGACAGGUGGAGCAGUUCUGAAACUGCUGCUGGUUUUAAGCUGUUUUAAUAAAGUGUUUGAAUUACA